AUGUGCUGCGCUCUGCUCGCUCUGCUUUCUCUCUCUCUGUAGGACCAGGACCAGAGCUAUCGUGGAACUUCAAGGAAAGAAAGAGUCUAAAACUGCAUCUGUGGGCAUCUUCCUACCUUAAACUGCACCGCCCCGCUGGUGAGCUUGAUGCAUAUGGUCACCAUGCCAUUCUGAUGAAACCUAUGGUAACUGUGGACAAGAGCUUCAUUUGCGACAGCUGCGUUUCCAGAGAGAAUCUCAUUCUUGGUUCUGCACAGCCUCUUUUAAGAUGGAUUCUCUCAUAACUGGAUACUGACGCUUCCUCUCAAUUGUACACACCAGUUUUUGUGGCUAACAGCUCCUGCUUCCUCAUUACCUUUUCCUUUGUGAGACUCUAUCACAAUGGUGGCUGAGACUGACACAGUGUCCCAGUCCAGUGGAGUUCGACUGAAACAGGAGAUCUCUUUGCUACAUGGGGUCUGCCUUAUUGUCGGAAAUAUGAUCGGCUCCGGCAUCUUCAUCUCGCCCAAGGGAGUUUUGAUGUACACCGGUUCUUAUGGUCUGUCCCUUAUUGUCUGGGCUGUUGGAGGGAUAUUCUCUGUUUUUGGUGCGCUGUGCUAUGCUGAGCUAGGGACAACAAUCCGGAAAUCUGGAGCUUCUUAUGCCUACAUUCUAGAAACCUUUGGUGGUUUCUUGGCAUUUAUUCGGUUAUGGACCUCUCUGCUAAUAGUGGAGCCAGCGAGUCAGGCAGUGAUAGCCUUGACUUUCUCCACAUACCUGGUGCAGCCCUUCUACCCGACCUGUGUGGCCCCAUACGCAGCAGUGCGGCUCAUAGCUGCGGCUAUCAUCUGUCUGUUGACGGCUGUGAACUGUUGGAAGGUCAAAUGGGGAGCAAUUCUACAGGUCGUCUCCACAUUUGCCAAAGUACUUGCUCUUAUCGUUGUCAUCAUUACUGGCCUUGUCAAACUUGCACAAGGAUUUGACCAGAACUUUGAGGACUCAUUCCAAGGCUCCAGAAUGAACCCUGGUGACAUGGCUUUGGCUUUGUACUGCUCGUACUCGGGCUGGGACACGCUCAACUUUAUCACAGAGGAGAUCAAGAACCCAGAGAGAAAUCUCCCCUUGUCCAUUGCAAUCUCCAUGCCAUUAGUGACAGUGAUUUACAUUUUAACCAACAUUGCCUACUAUGUUGUACUGGAUGGGGACAGUGUCCUCAACAGUGACGCUGUGGCUGUGACUUUUGCAGAUGAGGUGUUGGGGUGGGGUCGUUGGCUCAUCCCCCUGUCGGUGGCCAUUUCCUGCUAUGGUGGGCUCAACUCCUCCAUCAUUGCUGCUUCUAGGUUGUUCUUUGUUGGCUCCAGAGAAGGUCACUUGCCAAACGCACUCUGUAUGAUUCAUGUUACGUGUUUCACUCCAAUCCCUGCUUUACUCUUCAAUGGUGCCAUGUCACUGAUUUUCCUGUCUGUUCCGGAUGUUUUUCAAUUAAUCAACUAUUUCAGCUUUAACUAUUGGUUGUUCAUUGGCAUGUCAAUAGGCAGUCUUAUCUACCUUCGCAUCAAAGCACCAGAUAUGCACCGGCCAGUUAAGCUGUCCCUGUUCUUUCCAGUGGUCUACUGUCUGUGCAGUGUAUUCCUGGUGGUGAUGCCUCUUUACAGUGAUACUAUCAACUCUCUGGUGGGAAUAGCUGUGGCUCUGUCUGGUGCUCCGGUCUAUUUCAUCUGUGUCCACGUGCCUCCCAGCUCCAGGCCAGCUUUCCUCGCCAAGACCCUGAAUAAGGUUUCUCUGUACACCCAGAAGCUGUGCUUUUGUUGCAUGACGUCUCCUGAUAUCGACUUGGACAAUUUAGAACUCGAGAAGAUGGAGUGAAACAUCAACAAAGCACUUACAAUGGUGUGGGGGAGCAGACAAUGGGGACCAUGCAUUGACAAUCCAGGUCUUUAAUAUGAAGGCAAAAUGCUGUCAGAAUUGCUCCGUCAAGCUGUUCGACCUUUUUAACACAAAUGAGCCGCAUGAAUAAUGCAGUAGGAUUCACAGUACUAGUUCCAAGCACAGCACAUUUUCAAAGUUACAUGUGCCACUUCAAGUUUCACUAUAAGCUAACCCAAAGCCUUAGGUUUACACUGCAACACACACACCUUCUGAAAACAUGUGAGCCAUGUGACCGGCUUUGUACAGAACGGUUGUAACUUGUUCAGUACAUGCCUGUGCCGUUUCUCUUGUGAACGUGUGCAUAUUAAACACAAACUGUAACUUCGUACAGUGGUAGAGACAGAGGACUUGGAGAACUUGCCAUUAAGAGUUUGACACUUGAACAGGCCUUUUGCACAUCAUACAUUUCCUUGUUUGUUUUAUGUCUCCAGACUCCACAGAGGUGUGUUUGUAGAAUUCUCAGUUUCAUUUAUUUGGAAUAGUUUACAAAAGUGCUUAUAUAUUUGUGCUUGAAUGUAAUAUGUAAGAAUUCAACAGAAGUGGUUCCACAAUGUGCGUUGUGCUUUCACAAGCUAUCUCUAUUUAUGGCACCACCUAGUGGUCACUAAAUAUAUUUUGCGACAAAAGCUUUAUUCAUGUGGUUGCUAGUUCCAAGUUAUUGGUUUUAAUACUCCUAGCUUUACUUUUGCCAAUACAAAACUUGCUUACUUUAUAACUCCUGUUUUUACCUCAGAAUCUCUCAGACUCACGUUAUAAAAUAUUUAUAGUUUUUAUUUAUGUGAGUAGCUUAGUAAUGCAAUGUAUUGGUGUUAAAAUCUUAACUCAUGUGAACUCAAAUUAUUUUACUACCAAAGCCUUGACUUAGGUGUGUACGAGUGUGAGCUUGUAGCAUUUCUUAAAACCGCAUAGUUACUGUGGCAGCAGAUGAAGCUGUUCAUUUCAAUGAAGUUUAUUGUACAGGUAAAAUACUCAGACAUUGGUGUUGUGCGUCAUAGUGCCUUUGAUUAAAAGUAGGUUAUAUUUUUAUAUCAGAACAUACUUAACAAAUGUUGAUGAACACUUAUAAUUGUUGUUGAAUGUGUUUCCUGUCAAUAGUUACAAACAGCAAUUAUAAACAGAUUGUGUACUCCAGUGUCCGUACUUGGAUUUCUGUCUGCGCCAGCCAAAAGAGGCACUUCAAUUCUGUGUGUACCUCCUGGACCAAGUUCAUGGCCCACAUCAUUUCUGUUAUAAAUGACUAUGAAGUUGGAUGUAUCAGUAGGCAUUUACUGUGUGUGACAAAUGUAUGUUUUGCCAAUUGAUACUUUGUGUUCCAAUAAACACUGUGCAGGUCAAUAA